AUGGAAACCAAUCUUGCCAGCUUUACAGAUAUUCUUAGCGAUGAAAUACCUGAUUCCCAACCUAUGUCGCUAACUUCAAUUUUUGAUAAUAAUUUACAAAGAACACAAGAGUAUUCAAUUCAACCUUUGGUUCGACGACCGUUAAAACAUACAGGGCAACAUGGAGAUUUUCGAAGUAUCGAAGAGAUUGAUCCUAAAUACAGAGAAAUUUUUACAUACCCAUUCUUUAAUUUAGUGCAAUCAAGGAUUAUAGAAGAUGCUUUAUAUUCAGACAAAUCAAUGGUAGUAUGCGCACCUACCGGCUCGGGCAAGACUGUAGCUUUUGAAAUGGCUAUUGUACAAUUGCUGAUGGAGAUAGAAGAGAAAAAAUACGAUAGAGAUUUCAAAAUCAUUUAUAUGGCCCCUGUAAAAGCUCUCUGCACAGAAAGAUUAACGGAAUGGUAUCCCAAGUUUACGAAACUUGGAAUUAUGUGCAUUGAGGUCACGGGAGAUACAGACGUCGACAUUAACAAUUUGAAGCCAUACAGAGUGAUAAUAACGACCCCAGAGAAAUGGGACAUGUUGACGCGUCGCUGGCGCGACCACCGCGGCUUGGUGGAGCUGAUCAAGUUGUUCUUGAUAGACGAGGUUCAUAUCCUGAACGAUGACACUAGGGGUCCGGUCCUUGAGACGGUGGUCAGCAGAAUGAAAACAAUUGAGUCGUCGACCCAAUCCGAGUACCGAAUUGAACAACUCCAAAGGCAGUACCAAAGCAACCAACAAGCCCCGCCAAUACCUGAUCCCCCGCCGAGGAUCAGAUUCGUGGCUGUGUCAGCCACCGUCAGUAAUCCUGAAGACGUGGCUGCCUGGCUCGGGAAUAGCGUCAAACCGGCCGUUUAUUAUAAGUUUGGUGACGAAUGUCGUCCAGUCAAACUGAAAAAGGUGGUCGAAGGAUACCCUUGUCCAGAUGGCGUCAGCAUAUUCAAGUUCGACAUUAUCCUCAACUACAAACUUUGGCCAAUUAUACAAAAAUAUCACGACGGGAAACCUACUCUCAUAUUCUGCAAUACAAGAAAGAGCGUGACACUAACAGCAGAAGCGCUAUCUCGUGAGAUCACCAUUAGCUUCAACCCAGAGCAACGCGCGAAGCUGACGGCACUAGCUGCAACAAUUAAGAACAAGAAAUUACAGGCUUUAGUACUAGCGGGCGUUGGCUGUCAUCACGCAGGGCUUUUGUUUGAAGAGAGACUCAAUAUAGAAACAGCGUUUAGAAACAGAGAUCUUCCAAUUCUUAUCACCACUACAACUUUGGCUAUGGGUGUUAAUCUUCCAGCUCAUUUGGUUAUAAUAAAAAAUACGCAGCAGUAUGUCAAUGGUGCUUAUCAGGAGUACAGCAUCAGCACAGUACUCCAGAUGGUGGGCCGCGCUGGCAGACCCCAAUUUGACACAGAAGCCACGGCUGUCAUCAUGACGCGAGCGGCUGAUAAGCCUCGUUAUGACGCGCUGGUGUGUGGCAGUGAGCCUCUUCAGAGCUACCUUCACAAGCGACUGCCAGAAAAUCUGAACAGCGAAGUUGCGCUCGGGACGGUGAGGGAUGUGGCGCAGUGUGUGCAAUGGUUGAGGUCCACCUUCCUAUACGUGAGAGCGGCUAAGGACCCGAAAAGAUAUCUGGGAUUGCCUAAUAAUGCGCCCCUACAUUUAAUUUCUAAAAAGAUAGAAGAACUAUGCGUAAGGGCUAUGAAUGGCCUGGCUUCAACUGGACUAAUAUCAAUGGAUGAAGCCAGUUGCAUAGAAUCUACGGAGGCAGGUCGGCUUAUGUCCAUAUUUUACCUGGACUUGGAGACUAUGAAGCAUAUUAUGAAGAUAGAAGGCACGGCGACCUUAGAGCAAGUACUUUGGGUUGUUUGCGAAAGUCACGAGUUGUCUGACAUGCACCUCCGAGUUGACGAGCGACGAUGUUUGAACGCGCUGAACAGGAAUAGCAACGCGGCCACGAUACGAUUUCCUAUGAAGGGCAAGAUCAGCACCCGCCAAAUGAAACUAAAUUGCGUUAUUCAAGCCGUCUUAGGCUGUCUUCCGAUUCCCGACCCAUCUAUAAACCAAGAAGCAAUGAAAAUUAUGAGGAUAGCUGAUAGGGUUUGCAAAUGUUUGGUAGCGUACAUGACCCGACCUGACCUGAUAACAGGGCAACCAGUAUUUUUCUCUGCAGUACUGAACUCCUUAAUCUUAUCAAAAUGCGUAGCAGCUCACUUGUGGGAAAACUCACCCUACGUCAGCAAACAGCUGAAGGGUAUAGGACCCACGUUCAGCACGCUUCUGGCGACUGCCGGAAAAAUCAACUUCAUGUUGCUGGAGGAAAGCCAUCCUAGAGACUUAGAGAGGAUAAUGAAUAAAGGCCCCCCAGCCGGCAAUGUUUUGCGUAAACAAAUCAGUUUGUUACCAAAAUACCAAAUAACAAUGACGCCUGUAGACGAGAAGGUAGUGACGUUGCAGUUGACAUUACUGAACCACAACUACCUGGCGGAGAACGUGGAGAGUCUUACGGCGGGAGAGAGACACAAAAGUUACAUCGUUGUGGGAGAUUCUGAAAAUCGUCUGCUACUGUUGACCUCUUUUCAAGAUAAGGAUUUGAUAGGAAUGUACGAUGGCAGAAUUACACAUGAAAUAAAGAGAAAACAUAGUUUUGAGCAUAAGAUCAUUACUCAUUGUGUAAGCACUAAAUUUGUUGGUAUCGAUGCACAGUGCGAGUAUGUAUUCAAAGAUUUGGAAUCAGCGCCCAUUAAUGUUGGUCUAAAUAGCUGUUAUUUCAAUAAAGAUACGAUAAAUAAUAGAACAACACCGAGACAAACUUGUAUAACAGACGUCUAUAAAGAAAGAAAGAGAAAAAACAAAGGUGAUUCGACAGAAAUAUGCCAAUCCAAGGAAAAAAAGAAACGCGAAAGUGUGCUCGCUGAGAAAAUAAGGUUAUUGAAAGAAUCCUUUGGAAAAUCUAAAAAAGAAUUGCACAAAUCUACUGAAGUAUCAAAUAAACUUGUACAUGAUAUUCUGAAUAUUAAUGAAGAAAUUCCAGUUGAAACAGAAGACAAAUUGUUAAAUCGCACAAAUGAUGCUACAGAUAAUAUUAUCGAUUCCCAUAAUGUUAAGAAUGAGUUAGAUGUAAACAAAUAUACGGAAAACGUAAAUAAUGGCAAUUUUGAAUGUAAUGAAUAUAUAGAUGAUUCUAAAAUAAACGACAUUCUCGAAGAUAUUGAAAGCGAAAUAUAUAAAGAAGAAAACAAUCUCAAACAUUUUGAAAAUUCCAGUUAUAAUAAAUAUUGCGAUAUACAAAAUACUAACCAGGCAAAUAUUAAUAAGAAACCUAAAAAAUCUAAUUUCAAUUUUAUGGAAUUAUUAGAAAGAAAUGUUGACUUUCGUAAAGAAGAAGAUUGUGAAUAUAAUACUGACUCUGGAUUUUCUGAUACCAUAAAAAUACACAUUAAUAAAUAUUUACAAGAAACUCGAACUGCUACUAAAAGUGAAAAUGCAAUAAUCGAACAAUUGAUUGGAACCGAAAAAAGCAUGGAUCUAACGAAAAUGGAGGAGGAUAGUAAAGUUAGUUGUUUGCCGUUACUAGAACUAAAUUUGAAUAAGCUAGAUGAAAAUAAAACCGUGAAUGAAUCAAAUAUGAACGUAAUUCAAAAACAUAAUAGCGAUGUCCACAAUAAUCCGAGCCCACACACACGAUCGGUGGAAAAUAUGGAAAUAAUACAAGAAUUACCAAUAAACAAAUAUAUUAAUUUACUCCAUACUAACGCUAAAGCGGAUGGAAUGGACUACGACAAUAAUUGCGACAAUAACGAUCGUCAUUUAAAUACAGUGUCAUACAAAGAAUCCGAAAAAAAUAUAGGUAACAAAAUUAUUAUGCAUAACUAUUAUUCAAGAAAUAACCACGAAGAACCAGAAUUUCACAGAAAUUUAUCUUCUCCACAAGAUAAUUAUGAUAAAAAUACAUCAAUUUGUCAUAUUCAUGAAAGGGCCGUUUUUGAAAAUUCUGAUCUCGAGUAUCAAAAUUCAGAUAAUAAUAAUUGCAAUGAAUUCAAAGAAACAGCGAAAGCAGAUGUGAAGCCUAACUACUUGAGAAACUUUAAAUAUUCUGCCAUGAAUGUAGACAUAUCAACUUGCCAUUUAGUGAAUCGCCAAAUACAUAUAAUUAAAAAAAUAAAACUAGAUGUUGAUGUAACUGAAAUAGUAACUAAUAACGAAAUUAAAUUAGAAACCGAUAAUAAUUAUUGUGAACGUUCUGAAAACGCUAUCUCUAAUUAUAUGACACAAUACAAUUUGAAUAAUUUAGAUAUAUCGUCUUUUACAUGUCUAGACAAUUCGUUUCAUCAGAAAGGACUUAUAAAACCAAUAACAUAUAAUGAUAACAAUAACGCAAUGAAAAAAUAUGACGAACAUUAUAAUAAAAACUUAGAAGGAAAGACUUAUCCUUCAAACUGUGAAAAAAUAGUUGAUGGAUAUGAAAAAAAUACAAAUGAAGCAGCUGAAAUGAAGAAAAUGUCUGCUGAUGUCGAAGAAUCUAAAUUAGCCGUUGAUAGAGAUGAAAAAAACAUUAUUACAAAAUCGGACAAUCACACCACAUACUUAGCACAAUACAUAAAAAGAAAAUCGGAUAAAUCGGUUCCUUGUUAUCGAGACAAUUUGUUUUCAAAUCCACAUAUAGUAAGCACUAAUACAGUACAAGCCUAUCAUAAAGACUUUAAUAAAUAUAAAAGUGUCGGUUUACACGAUACCAGUAUUUUUGCUAUAAACCAAGAAAAGUCAAUAAUUGAAAAGGCGAAUAAUUUACAGUGUAUAGAAAAUAAUGAAACUGCAAAUGUUGUACAAGCGUUAAAACUAGAAUUCGUCGAAAAUAAAAAUAUUUCUCCAGCAAUUAUCCCGAAAGUAAAUAAAAUGAAUAAAUUGGUGUCAGAUGUAAAGGAACCUUUUUCAAGAGAAAUUAGAGAUAAUAUUCAUAAGGAAAACUCACUUGGCAGUAUAUUACAAAAAUAUAGUCGAGUCAUUAGAAAAAAUAAAAAUGAAGAUGAAAAAGUUGCAAGUAUGAAACUGCCCCAAUACCACAGUGCAAUAUUGAGAAACGAACAAAAAAAUAGAAGACCUUUUAAAAUUACAGACAUAGAUAAAAUUGAGCAAAACUUACCACCAUUGUUAAUUUCUGAAGCUCCAAAAUAUACAACCCUACCCCAAUUUCCUUUGUCUAUUGCUGAAACUACAAAUAAUUCUUCUUCAAUCCAAAUUCCACCUAUACCUAUUGCUGAAAUCCCAACGCAUUCAACCCAACUCUUAAACAACGUAUUUAACAAAAUUACAAAUACUAACAAUGAAAUAGCUUCAGAAAUCACACCAGUCACUCCUGAAGAAACUCAAAUCGGAUACAAUGAUAAUGAUGAAGAUUUAGAACGACUAACACUAAAACUAUCAAAAGAUUUUUUGAGUAACGAUUACAAAUUAGAUGACUCAAUGCUUAACCCUAAAACAUUAUUACAGUGUUUAAUACAUGAUGAUCCAGAUAUAAUUCCGCCUCCGCCCGAAUUCUGUGAUUUGAACUAUUCUCCACCCCAGGCUGCCGAAAAGGAUUCCAUAAAAGCUCGUGAACCAGCACAAUUAGAUAGUGACGACUAUAAAGUAUUUUGUAAUGAAAACAUGAGGUAUGACGACAUAGAUUACAGAAAAAAUAAUUUUCCAAAUGAUUCAUCCAAUAAAAUGGAAACGUUGCUGUUGGCAAAUGAAGAUUAUCCCGAAAGAAAGCCCUGGAUUGUCACACAAUCGCCUGCAUUUAGGAAUACGCCCACCGGCUUUACAGCUAGUCGAGCUAAUCUAAAUCAAUUUCAAUUCACAAAGAAGAAAAAAUUUAAAAUUAAGUAGUUACAUACUAAUUAAUGUAUUUUGGAAACUAAAUUAUUCAUAAUAUUAAAUAU